AUGAGUUGGCUCACUCUUCUCGUCAUUGCUUUAGGCUUGCUUGGUUUGACUUGUUCAGAGCAGAUUCCUUUCGAUGAAGUGGCUCCGUUCGUGACAGAUGAAAACACUACAAGUAUGAUAAAUAUCCUCGCAUUGAAAUUCCAACCGCAGCUUUACAUUAGUUCUGGAUGCUUCCCAUAUCCUGCUGUCGAUGCGAAAGGUAGAACCAGCGCUGGUCUUCCCAUCUUUAAAGUGGCUAUUGGCUGUCAUGGAUCACCGCUAGGAUCACAAGUCUAUGGACGCGCGGCCGAACUUAACGGAUACCUGGGUAUCAUGUUCACGUGGUACUUUCCUAGAGACUUCCCGAUACCGACUUUGUAUAUGGGCCAUCACCAUGCCUGGGAGCAUAUAUUUGUGUGGCUAAGCAGUCGUUCUGAAGAUGCUAAGCUGCUAUCGGUGACGGUGCCCUCUGUUGGUUUCUUCUACUCUUCCUACAGCCUGCCGAAAGAAAAACAAAUGGAUGGAAACCACGUCAAGCUCAAGUACACCUCUUGGCUAUUGCAAACUCCGCAUUAUCUGAAACCCACACGCAAGGCCGGAACGUAUCAAGAUCUAAUUAUGUGGGAUAACAUGACGGAUGCAGCGCGUGAGGCACUGGAACAGACGAAUUUUUUCUUUCACAAGGCACCGAUUAGUACCAGCAAGUUUAAAAGAUAUCUCCAACAGGCUUAUCCUUUCUAG